AUGUCUAAUGUUUCUGUAAUAAUAUGUGUUCCACAUUUAAUUAAGGAUAAUUGUUACUCCAAUAUUGAUACUGUUACCGAACCAAUGCAAUGUAAUUGUACCACCUCAAUGUUGGUGGUGAACACAAAUUUUGGUGCUUAUAAGCGAGUCGAAGAGAAGAAUGAAAGUCAGCGAGUUAGUGUAAAAAUGGUAGAUAAUAAUAUUUAUAAUGUAGAAUUUGUUGAUAGUAUCCAACAAAACCAAAUGAUUGGCGAAACGCCUAACUACUGCAUUCCUUUAAAGAAUAACGCCAUAACAGUCCAGGGUAUCUCUUACAGUGACCCGUAUUUCAGUAGCUUUAACUUAAAGUAUAAGAUGGCGUUAGAAGCGCCAGAGUAUAUGAACAAGGCUGAUUACGCUUUUAAAUCCUCAGUUUGUAUUAUAAAAGAUGAGCCUUGCAUUGAUAAGAUGCAACUAGAUAAUGAAAAGAACGCUCACAAAUUGAUAUCGAAAACAAAACCUCGAAUGAUUACUUAUGACAAAUCUGUAGCCAACCAUGACAAUAAGAUAUUGGAAGUUGGCAGCAAGUCACCGACACGAUCAGUAUUGAAAACUUUCGCUAAUGGCGACCUCACAAUGGAUGCUAUGCUGGAGUUAAUACAAAAUGAAGGACAAAGGAUCAAGCAAAUGCAUAAGAGUGACAUGGAUUCAUGGGGAGUCCCACGUCAAUUACGGCUGCGGGGAGGAGGAGAGACCUCACUUAAUGCUGCAAGUGGCUGGGGUAGCCCACCUGCUUCCAAUACUGCUGGAAACUGGAGUGGUAAUUCCAGUGGCCAAUCCAAUAAUGGAACAAACAAUACUCAACAGUGGAAUAAUACCAACAGGCCACCCACCUCUCAAGCUGACAUGAACAGCAACAAGGGUAAUGGUAGUCAAAUUCCACCAACCAGUGCAGCAUCUCAAAGUUGGCAGAGCUCACCACCUAAUAUGCCAAAUGCACAAACCAAUAAUAAUGGUGCACCUACAAAUAAUGGUACAAAUAAUGCUGUUAAUGGGAAUAAUGGAAGCAACCCAUCAAAUAAUGUUACAAGUUCCAAUGGACCUAAUGGUGGAAAUGGAAAUGGUAAUAGCACCAACAACACAUCUUCAGCUAAAAUUGAGCAAUUGAACUCAAUGAGGGAAGCUUUAUUUAGCCAGGAUGGUUGGGGAGGCCAACACGUCAACCAAGAUACAAAUUGGGAUGUACCUGGAUCACCGGAACCAGGUUCAAAAGUGGAACCAGCAGCUGCCGGGCAACCUGCCUGGAAACCGAACGUUAAUAAUGGUGCUUUCCUCGGAACUGAUUUAUGGGAAGCCAACUUAAGAAAUGGAGGUCAGCCUCCACCACCUCCGGCGACGAAGACCCCAUGGGGUCACACUCCGACAACGAAUAUCGGAGGUACUUGGGGUGAAGACGACGAUGCCUCAGAUUCUGCUAAUGUAUGGAACGGUCCACCGCCCGCCCAGCAGUGGCCGGCUGGUCCUCCGCAACACACCCAGCAGUGGGGAGUACCCAAGAAGGACGACUGGAACGCCUGGGGUGAGCCUCAUAGACCAGCAGAUCCACGACUGGACCCGCACCGCACGCCAGACCCACGACAACAGCCGUCGGACCCCCGACAUGAUAUUCGUGGGGGCAUAUCUGGUCGUCUGAACGGCGACAUGUGGAGCCAACACCAUCAACACCCUGGUGGACCCAACAAAAUGAUGCCCAGCGGAGGCGUCAGUCAGUGGGGCGGACAGGGUCCUAAGGAAGCCAUUAAAUCUGCCGGCUGGGAGGAGCCGUCUCCACCGGCGGCUCGUCGUGGAGGCACCGGAUUUGACGACGGCACGUCUCUGUGGGCCCAGCGUGGGAUGGGCGGUAUGUCUCGUGGAGCGCCGCAAGGCCCGCCACCUUCCCAGCGCAUGGCUCCAGCUCCUACUAAACCCGACGGCGUGUGGGCCGCACACGCACAGCGCAACGGGCCAUGGGAAGAAUCACACGGCUGGGGUGAACGCGACGUUCAUUGUUCCUGGCAGGACCCCAGUGGGCCGACACUUUGGCCCGUACCCAAACCAAAGCCCAGCGGCCCGGCUGCAGCCUGGCCUGACGACAUCGGCGAGUGGGGAGGCCCGAAGCCACCACCGAGCGGAGCUCUGGGUAAACAGCUGCCGAAGGAAGUGGUGUGGAAUAGCAAGCAGUUCAGAUAUUUGGUCGAGAUGGGCUACAAGAAAGAGGAGGCCGAAGCUGCUCUCCGCAGUCGCGACAUGAACGCGGAAGAGGCCCUGGACAUGUUGGCGGCGGCGCGAGGUGACUGUUGGAGACGAGAUGACAACUUCCACUCGGGUGGUUUCCCGCCGCAGCCGUCCGUACCGGCCGUGUCACCAGCUGUGGUACAGAAGCUGCUCAACCAGCAGCCGCCGCCCGCAGUUCAGCAUCACCCAUCGUACAACCCCAAUAGUGGGACGGGCAACAGUGUCCAACCGAGCACUGCUCAACUGCGCAUGCUGGUACAACAGAUCCAGAUGGCAGUGUCCGCGGGUUACUUAAACCAUCAGAUAUUGAACCAACCGCUUGCACCACAGACACUGGUGCUGCUCAACCAGCUAUUGCAGCAAAUAAAAGUCUUGCAGCAGCUUGUGAACCAGCAUCAGUUGGCCAUACCGAAAGCUAACUCGACUUUGACAUUACAAUAUUCCAUGCAAAUAACUAAAGCUAAACAACAGAUUCAAGCCUUACAGAACCAAAUCACAACUCAACAAGCGCUAUACAUGAAGCAGCAAGCUGCAGCAUCAGAUCUGUUCAAGCAGCCCCAUGACCACUUGUCUAACAUGCAGCAAAACUUUAGCGAGAUGGCUAUCUCUAAGGAUUCUCAGUCUGGUUUUGGUAGUAGCGGUAACCAGCAGUCCCGUUUGAACCAAUGGAAGCUGCCUUCGUUGGAUAAAGACGGUGAGGGUACGGACUUCAGCCGCGCCCCCGGCACAGCCAAGUCGACCACGAGCCCGCAACUCAAUCAGAUCAGCUUGCAGCCUGAUACUACCUGGGGUAUGGGUCGCUCGGAAGGUUGGGGCGACGGUUCAGAUGUGGCAGACGGAAAAGACGCCUGGCCCUCACACCCCUCGCAUCCUCCCGCAUACGACCUUGUUCCUGAGUUUGAACCUGGGAAGCCUUGGAAGGGCAAUCAAAUGAAGAAUGUAGAAGACGACCCAGCCAUGACACCUGGAUCAGUCGUACGUUCACCGAUAUCUUUGACCAAUAUCAAGGACAGCGACAUGCUCGGAGGAAAGACGUCGCCGCCCGGCGGGGAGAGGUCGCUGUCCUCCGCCACCUGGAGCUACGCCCCGCCAGCCACCAGCGCCGGCGGACUCAAGCCGCUUGACGUUUGGGGGGCGAAGCCCCGUCCCGCCCCGCCCGGACUCAAUAAGUGGCCACAGCACCACGUCAACUCACGUGCUGCCCCCUCGUGGCAGACAUCCACAUGGCUGCUUUUGAGAAAUCUCACUGCUCAGAUCGACGGAUCAACUUUGAAGACUUUAUGUGUGCAACACGGCCCGUUGCAAAACUUCCACCUCUACCUCAACCAGGGACUCGCUCUCGCUCGCUACUCGACUCGCGAAGAGGCGGCUAAGGCCCAGAUGGCAUUAAACAACUGUGUUCUAAGCAACACUACAAUCUUCGCGGAGUCGCCGGCCGAGUCUGACGUGCAGCUGAUACUGCAACACCUGGGCUCCGGCGGCGGCGGCGCCUGGCGCGGAGGAGCCUCUAAGGACGGCUGGAACGGCGCCUUCCCCGGCCUGUGGCAGGAGCAGCACGAGCAGCGCGCCACGCCGUCGUCGCUGAACUCGUUCCUGCCCCCGGACCUGCUCGGCGGCGAGUCCAUCUAA